AUUUGUUCGGUAGAAAUGGCAAAUUCUCUGCAUGUCACCAUUAUUAUUAUAGUUUAUUAUAGUUUAUGUGUAAAUAAUGUUUUCUCGAAAUUGAAGCCUAUACCUGAUUACUUACACAUUUGCCGCCGCUCAAAUCCGGACAUUCCAAAAUGUAUUAUAGAAUCAGCAUAUUUUUUAAGAACUAAACUUGCAGAAGGAAUUCCUGAAUUUGAUGUUGCCCCUAUGGACCCAAUGUUGAUUAAUACUCUUAUUCCAACGAAUGGAAACGGGUUGAAAAUAGAGACCACCAAUUUAUUAGUCACUGGAACCAGUAAUUUCACUAUUACUCAUCUUAUAGCUAACAUUGACAAACAGGAGUAUAAUUUCCAAGUGAGAUUUCCUCAUAUGCAUGUAUUGGGUAAUUACAGCAUCGAUGGAAAAAUCGCGAAAAUGAUCAUCAAAGGUCGAGGAGAUUUCGAUUUGGAUAUAUAUGGGGUGAAAUGCAACGUAUCGCUACUGGGAAAUGUAAUCAAUAUCGACGGUUUGAAUUAUAUACGUUUCCAUCAUAUAUCGCUUGGAAUAGCAAUAAGCAGAGGCAAUAUAGAACUAAGAAAUUUAUUCGGUGGUGAUAAAAACCUAGGUGAGUUUAUUAAAUUGAUAUUUAGUAUUGAUUUUUUCUUAGGUGAAGUACUCAAUAUGGCUAUAAAUGCCAAUUUCAUUAUGUUUUUUAUGGAACUCAGGCCGAUUAUUCAAAAAGUGCUCGAAGAGUUCGUGUUAGACACUGUGGAAAAGCUUACACAGCACUUUACCUACGAACAACUGUUUCCAGAUUAACAAUAUAAAAUCACUAAUAUUUUGAUUUUUAUAAGUCUGAAUAAUAAUGACAUAAAAUAUUUUUAGAGUGCUA